AUGAGAAGGAUACCGUUCGCACUCAGCGACAAAUUAGAGGCUAAACUCCAGGAGCUAGAGAAACUAGAUGUGAUCGAGAAAGCUGAAGGCCCCACUACAUGGGUUUCUCCAGUUGUUGUUGUUCCGAAAUGUCAGUCUGAUAUUCAUCUGUGUGUCGAUAUGAGGCGAGCAAACGAUGCGAUAAUAAGGGAACGACACCCUAUACCCACAGAAGAAGAGGUGCUGUAUGACUUGAACCAAAGCACAGUGUUCAGUAAGUUAGACAUUAAGUGGUCAUUCCAUCAACUUGAACUUAGUGAAGCGUCCAGGUCCAUCACUACAUUUGUCACCCAACAAGGGCUACAUCGCUAUAAACGGCUACUGUUUGGUAUUUCAUGCGCACCAGAAAUGUACCAACGCGUUAUUCAGCAGGCUUUACAUGGAUGUACCGGGGUACGCAAUAUAUUUGAUGAUAUUAUUGUACAUGCUCCUACAGUCGAGGAACACGAUGCGAGAUUAGUGGCUCUGCUCAAGAUAAUCCAGGAAAAGGGCUUGACAUUAAACAGACAGAAAUGCGAGUUUAAAAUGACAGAGUUAAGUUCAUGGGGCAUUUACUAUCAAAUGAGGACUCGAAUGUGUCUCCUGAUCACGCAACAACUUACGAAGACCGUGCAACACUUUCUGAGCGCCCAGUGA